GAUGUGUAUUUGGUUAGGACUUAACGUUAAAGGUUAUAUAUAUAUUUUAUUUACUUUAUUCUUCAUAUUUUUCUAUCUUGUUAACUUUAUAUACUUGUUAUCUGAUCUCUUCCAUCUAUUAAUGACUAGCUAAAUACGUUUUUUUAGUGGUGGUUUAAUUUGUUAGUUGAAACAUCGUUGACGAAUAUUUACUAACAUUAGGUUAGAAUUUUAUGCUGUUUAAAGCUUCUGUGGGCCUAUGCAUUUUCAAGAAGAUACUACGUGCUCGGUUAAAUACCACUUCAUUAUAUUUCUUAAGAACGUUCCACAUUGGAGAAAUGGCCAAAUCAAAGUUUGAAUAUGUUAGACAUUUUGAAACAGAGAACAAGUGUCUGCUAAAUUGUUGGAUUGUUGUUCGAGUUGAUGGAAAAGGAUUCCAUAAAUUUUCAGAGGCUCAUAAAUUUGAAAGGCCCAAUGACAAAAGAGGACUCGAUUUGAUGGCCAGAGCUGCUGCCAGUGUGUUUGAAGAUUUGAAUGAAGUAUGUUUUGGUUUUGGUCACAGUGAUGAGUUUAGUUUUGUGUUCAAGAAGACUUCCCAAGUUUACAACAGAAGGCAUGAAAAAUUGCUGAGUCUUGUAACAAGCAAAUUUUCCUCUGCUUAUGUUUUCUAUUGGCGUGACUAUUUUGGUGAUGAAGUGAAGUUACUGUACCCUCCUUCCUUUGAUGGAAGAGUAGUUUUGUAUCCUACGGAUCAGAACCUAAGGGAUUAUCUAAGCUGGCGUCAAGCAGAUGUCCAUGUAAAUAACCUGUACAACACUGUAUUUUGGGCUCUCGUUUUAAAAAAGGGUCUGUCCAACAAAGAGGCCGAAGAAAAAUUGUGUGGAACAUUGUCGUCUGACAAAAAUGAAAUUUUAUUCUCAGAAUUCAAUAUUAACUACAAUAAUGAACCUGAACAAUUCAAGAAAGGCACAUCUCUUGUACGGAAGGUGGUGAAACAGAAAGGAAAAAAACCUCGAAUGGUUGCGGUACCUCUCCAUUGUGACAUUAUUAAUGAUAAGUUUUGGAAAGAAAAUCCUGAAAUUCUAGAAUGUGAUACUGCUGGAGAAAUUGAGGUGCAAGAGGGUAAGAUGACCGUUCUCUACGUAACACCCAGAGACUGGUGGGGAGCUCAAGCACCUGACAAAGCUAUCGAACCAACAAAGUUACCAGUCAAGAAUGUUUUCUUUACAUAUACCAAAGGACGUUAUGGGUUUUCAGAACAGUUUUGCAGGGAUGAACUUAGAAAACUUCAAGAAAAACACAUGAGUCGUGAAGCUGGCGAUAUUAUUUAUAACUUUGCUAUAGGAGGAAGUGGAAAAACCUAUGAAUGCAGAGGCUGGGCAGUGAGUCCUAAAUUGGGAAAGAGAUACAAACAACUUUCUAACCAGAGUAUUUUUAUCGCUUACAUGGGCAUCUUUAAGGGGACAAUGCCAACAAUUAAAAUGAUGAGGGCAGGAGACUGGCUCGUAAAAUUAGGAAUCAGAAGAGGAUUCAUCGAUACAAAGUUUGUACAGUAUCAUAUAACAGCCACUGGGUACGAGGGUUACACUUCACAGAAAUUUGACCUUGCAACAGAAGACAGCGAAAAAUGUUUUGAUGUAACUUUAUAGUGUAUCUACUAGCAGUUGUUGGUACAAAUACCAAUCUACUCGCUGAUUAAAUUACUAUCACACAAAUGUGAUAGUAAUUUAAUAAGCGAGUAGAUGCUAAAUUGGUUUACACUUUUUGAAUAAAAUUUUCUAUACUACACA